CUAAUGGGACAAUGACGGAAGGGCACAUGAAGGAACUUUUGUAGUCAAGGUCGUCAUCCUGCUUCUUCUUCUGCUGGAGGUGGUGGUACUGGUUCAUGGCUCUUGACCGCUCCCUUGCCGGCUUGGAGCUCCAGGUCUUCGGGAGAGCCACGCUGAAAACCCCGAGGCUCCAACGUGGCUCGGCCGCCUUCCUUCUCCUGGGCUCACCAUGGGAGGAUGUUUCUCUAAACCCAAGCCAGUUGAAGUGAAAAUUGAAGUUGUUUUGCCGGAGAAAGAGAGGACCAAAGAGGAGAUGUCCCCCAAUGGGAAGGCGAGCCCAAUUAUCUACAAAGCCAAUGGGACUUCGCGGCAUUACCAGCUGGAAGAGCACCCUGUUGCUAUCAAUCCGUACCGGAACGUGAAGGAUGUCGUCGAAGCCUCUGUUUGUCAUGUGAAGGACCUCGACAAUGGCCAGAUGCGCGAGGUAGAUUUGGGCUGCGGAAAGGCGCUGCUGGUGAAAGAGAACGGGGAAUUUUACGCCACAGGGUACAAGUGCCCGCAUUAUGGUGCCCCUCUGGUGAAAGGGGUGUUGUCCAAAGGACGAGUGAGGUGCCCCUGGCAUGGGGCUUGUUUCAACAUUGCCACGGGGGACAUAGAGGACUUCCCGGGUUUGGACAGCCUGCCAAAAUUUCAGGUGAAAAUUGAGAAGGAGAAGGUGUACAUUCGAGCAAGCAAACAGGCUCUCCAGAUGCAGAGGAGGACCAAAGUGAUGGCCAAGUGUCUCUCCCUCAGCAACUACAGCAUCAGCAGCACCAACGUCCUCAUCAUCGGGGCAGGUCCUGCCGGGCUGGUGUGUGCCGAAACGUUGCGGCAAGAAGGUUUCUCGGACAGGAUCGUGAUGUGCACCAUGGAUCGGCACCUGCCGUACGACAGACCAAAGCUAAGCAAGUCCAUGGAGUCUCACGCGGACCAGAUUGCUUUGCGCCCCAAGGAGUUCUUCCGGACGUACGACAUCGAGGUCCUGACGGAAAUGCAGGUUGUGGCCAUCGACGUGAAGAACAAGACGGCCCUCUUCAAGGAUGGGUUCAAGAUGGAGUAUAACAAGUUGCUGCUUGCCACCGGGAACACACCGAAAACCCUGAGCUGUAAAGGAAAAGAGGUGGAGAACGUGUUCACCCUCCGGACGGUGGAAGACGCCAACCGGGUGGUCAAGCUGGCCACUGGGAAGAACGUGGUUGUCGUGGGAGCCUCCUUCCUGGGGAUGGAAGUCGCAGCUUAUCUGUCCGACAAAGCCCAUUCGGUCUCCGUGGUGGAACUGGAGGAAGUGCCGUUCAAGAAGUUCUUUGGGGAGAAGGUUGGGCGAGCCAUCAUGAAGAUGUUUGAAAACAACUGGGUGAAAUUCUACAUGCAGACAGAAGUAUCAGAACUACGGGAACAGGAGGGAAAGCUGAAGGAGGUUGUUCUGAAGAGCGGCAAAGUUCUCCGGGCGGACGUUUGCGUCAUUGGCAUCGGAGCAACUCCAGCGACAGGUUUCCUGAAACAGAGCGGCAUUCACAUCGACUCCAAAGGUUUCAUUGUGGUGAACAAGAUGAUGCAGGCCAGUGUUCCAGGCAUUUUUGCAGCUGGGGACGCUGUUGCAUUUCCACUGGCACUGAGGAAUAACAAGAAGGUGAACAUCCCACAUUGGCAGAUGGCUCACAUGCAGGGACGCAUUGCGGCGCUCAAUAUGUUAGCCCAUGGGACUGAAAUCAGCACGGUCCCUUACCUCUGGACAGCGAUGUUUGGGAAGAGCAUCCGCUACGCAGGCCACGGAGAAGGAUUUGAUGAUGUGAUCAUUCGUGGGGACUUAGAGGAACUGAAAUUCGUAGCUUUUUACACCAAGAAUGAUGACGUGAUUGCAGUGGCAAGCAUGAACUACGACCCCUUGGUUUCUAAGGUUGCUGACGUCAUGGCCGCUGGCAGAACGAUCCGCAAGCGAGAUGUGGAGCUCUUCAUCCGAACUGGGGACAUGUCCUGGCUCACUGGGAAAGGCUCGUAACAGCCCGAGGAUGCAAACGGCUGGUUCUUGAUGGACCCAGAAGAGGCCAGAGAUGGAAUGUGCUCCAAUGGGUUCUUCUGGGAUUUCGAAGAAGCCCGUCCUUCUAACAGACCUCCCUCAGGGCAACUCUUAACCUGUCUUCCACCAUGGCCUCCUGCUUGCGAACAUUUGAGCCUGGAUCUAGGGAUUAACAGCUGCCCCAGGGGUGGCUUGGAAAGCCCGAAAGACCAACCUAUGGUCCUUAAGGAUAUCAUCCCGUUACCACUGCUUUUGGAGGCCACGACGGACACGUACAGUCAGGGGCCGCUCUGUGGAGUCCACGGAGAGGGGAAAACUUUUCCGCUGGGGUAGUGAGCUCUUGGUGGACCGAAGAGGCUCCUUCCCCCCCCAUGUGAGAUUCCUCACGGGGCCUCCUUGUCAGGGGAUGGACUGGAUGAUCUCUGGGGUCCCUUCCGGCUAGACCUCAAUUGUGUGUGGGGUGUCCCCUUCUGCACAUCCUGCCCUCCCCACACACCCAGGGUCCAGCGGCUCACCCCCAGAAUGCAGUCCUGGAAUGCUUCCCCUCCUGCAGCAAUGCUAGCAUUGGGACCCCCGUUGUGUUGGCAACGGACCUUAGCAGGACCCUCCGAGGGGCAGCCACGAGCAAAGAGAAAGUAGGGCCAGUCGGAGGGUGGAGGUGUAGAAGCUCACAGAUCUAUAGGCUUCCUUUGCUUUCAUUGCAGCACCAGCAACAGAGUGUCCCGGAUCUCCACAGCCCUCUAGCCCAGAAGCGGGUUUUAUAGUCCAGGGGUUGAGGUCUCUGGUUGUGGAGCCAGAGGUUGGGAGUUCGAUUCCCCGCU